AUCCCGGUUCGAUUCCCGGUUUAGUCGAUUGCCGUCGUUCGGUUCGUGAGAGUGCUCGUUAUAUUAGAAGGAUAUUGAGAUAUCGAAUAAUAUAUUAAAUGAUUGAUCCGUGAUAUCAAAAUGAAGAACCAUCUUGUGUCUGUAGUGUUGUGUUUGUUGGUGGUGCUGUGGACUAUGGCUGGUGCUGUGACUGCUCGUAAACUUUCCUCAUCGGUCAAAAGUUCCGAUGGGUUGGUUGUGGACCCUAGCAUGUCAACGGAAGCCAUACCUGAAGAAUUGGCCAAACCAAGCGAGCCGGAACAACCGGUGAAAUACGACGGCGCCCAGCUGUGGCGAAUCGAUUACGAUGAUCAGGAAAAGAAAAAUGCCAUAGCUGAGCUGCAGGAUAAGUUCGCGGCCUCGAUGUGGAACUACAACACUACUUUCGUCGAUAUCUUCCUGAAGGGACCGAACCUGCGGGACGCGGGAAAACUUCUGAAGAAAGCUCAAAUUUCCUACCAGGUGCUGAUCGAGGACAUGCAGCGAGCUAUUGACGAGGAAAACCCAUCAAGGGAUCGACUGGAUCUAUGGGAGAAUCGUGACGGUCAUCGCAUGACAUGGAAGGCUUACCAUCGGUUGGAAGACAUCUACGAAUGGAUGGAUUACUUGGCAAAAACUUUUCCGGAGCUGUGCAGCACUAAAAGCAUAGGAAAAUCGCUGCAGCAGCGGGACCUCAAAGUGCUCCGCAUCUCUAACGGAAAUCCUUCAAACGCAGCCGUCUGGAUCGACGGUGGCAUUCAUGCCCGUGAAUGGAUCAGCCCGGCCACGGUAACAUACAUCGUACACAACAUGGUCGAAGAGUGGGACGAUCAGCCAGAGUACAUCAAAGCUAUCGACUGGUAUGUCCUGCCGGUGCACAAUCCGGACGGUUAUGAAUUCACGCAAACGUAUGAUCGUUUGUGGCGCAAGAAUCGGCGAGGCUCUUCCUUUGGCUUGUGUGCCGGAGUAGAUUUGAAUCGAAACUAUGGCUACAAGUGGGGGGGACAGGGAGCUUCGAAGCAACCUUGCUCGGACAUUUUUGCUGGAAGUGGACCGUUUUCAGAGCCGGAAACUAAAGCCGUUCAGGAUUUUAUGCAAACCUCGGCUGCCAAUUGGAAAGGAUUUCUAACGUUCCACAGCUAUGGCCAAUACAUUCUUUAUCCGUGGGGUUACGACAGAGUCGUUCCCCCAGAUCAUAAAGAUCUGCAAAGUGUUGGGGACGCUGCCGCAGAGAAAAUGCUUCAGGUCGAAGGCCAAAGCUACACGGUUGGUCCAUCUGGUAACACCCUGUACCCAGCUGCGGGAGGAUCUGACGAUUGGGCACGAGGAGUACUGAACAUUAAGUACGCGUACACGGUGGAGUUGCGCGACAACGGACGAUAUGGUUUUGUACUACCAGCCAAUCAGAUACAACCUACAGCUGAAGAGGCUAUGAUGUUUGUGGACACGGUUGCGAGUGCCAUAUCCAAGUUGAAAUAGUUCAAAAUUCUUAGAAAAAUGUGUCAUGAAAAUCGUAUUAAUUUUCACAAGCAACAUAUCAACACUAUUAUAAUACGGCUCUUAACAAAUAAAUUGUGAAAAAAAGGUAUUUUUUUUUUAUUCAACAAAUCUUUCUAUAAGAAGAUCGCUGUAACAACAGUGGCUCCAGAGACAAAAAGUGAAGAAAAUUACUAGUCUCUGGAGCUUUUGUCUUUUUUUAAAUUGGAAGACUGAUAUGUUUCACGAAUGUCAACAUCAUCAGAUUACAUAAACAGUUUUAUACUUGCCAUGAUAUCCGAUCCUAUGAAACAUUGGAUCGGAUGCUGCUCACUAUGCAAUGUUUGUGUAAAUUAAACAGUUCAAACAAGGCGAACUAUUCAAUUAGAUUAAAAUAAAAGAUUGAACAAUAGGAUUAGUAGCUAAUUAGGAUAACAGAAAAAUUAAAAAAAAAAUGAUUGCCUAUCUAAUUUAAAAAUUCAAAUGACUCACCAUUUCAGUAAGAUGUUUACUUUCCUCCUCCCGGCGGGCUAUCGCUUCCAGUUCCUCCAACACACCGUUACGCAUCUCCAUCGGCGUCGAUUCACACGAUAUAUCCCUCAUGUCACGCGUAACCCUCCGCAUUUCACCCAACCCGUUGGCCUCAUCGGGAAACUGACACCAGUUUUCCCCUAUGCUACCCACUAGAACCGGUUGCUUCCGAAUUAACUGUUCCGCUUCCCGAAGGAUUUCGUCCACUUCCCGUUCAUCGUUCCCAGCCGAACCGGCCAAUUGGUUCACUUGGUCGAAAAUAAUAUUCACAUCCACUUCAUCACUAUUUUCACCAUUACCAUUUUUCCCUAUCCCCACACAAUUACUGCCGCUAGAAAUUACCGCGGCCAGGCAGCUUUGCUCGUUCCGGAGGAACUCCAGGAAGGACGAUUCGCUCGUUAUGUCAUCCAGUUGCUGCUGUUGGGCAGCUAAAAGCUUUUGCAUCCCUAGAUCGACGCCAGUGUUCACGCCCUCCGGCGGAACUUUAUCUUGUUGAGGCGGAAGUAAUUUUUGCACUCGGGACAUGGCUUAAACCGUCGCCCUUAACUUAAUCAGUUCACAUCCAUCGCAAACAGCAAUUAAUAAUCGUACAAAGCGGACAGAUAUUUCACGGUAAAUUAGAAGAUUUGAGGGUAAAAUUCAACUAA